CACUCCGCCGCGGCCCUCGCCUCGCCCUCACCUCUGAGCUGGUCUCGUCGGACCCGAGAUGGACAUUAACGCCGGGGAGCCGGGUGGCCAGACGGGCGAUGCAUGUGGGCCAGACCCAAACACACGCUGGCCCCCUGCACCGGACCCCGCGGAGCCUCAAAAUAUCUCCCAGCUGAAGUCACCGGCCCGACAUAUCGUGCGCUGCGCGGACGCCGGCGCAGCGCCGCGGCACUCGCUGGCCCCGUCGCGGCGGGGCCGGGCAGGGGUAAUCCAACACCGCGCCGCGGCGGCGCAUCCUUCCCCAGCACCGCUCCUUCGUGCUCCCGCCGCGGCCACCGCCGGCCCCGGCCGCGGCGGGCCGCUCGCCGCCGCAGACGGACAGACGCACGGCAGCGGGAAGGCCACCCCCUCUUCGCCCCUCGCCAGCCGCAGGUGCCGCUGGCGCGGCAGCGUGGGUCCCCUGCCAGCACCCGCGCUGCACAGCCCGGCCGCUGCAAAGUCGCUGUUAAACAGUCUCGGCUUUCAGCCCUGCGCCCUGUAUUUAUGACUCACCCAGUUGUCCGGAGGUAUGAGGUCCUCAUGUCGCCGGUGCUAUGAAAUUAACGCGUCGAAGCCCGGGCGGGCGGCUGGGGAGCGCGCAGAGUUUGUGCGGCGGCCAAUAAAGCGCUCCGUCCG